CGCGAACCUGAGAGGACUCGAGACGCUUUUAAGAUCGGAAGCGUUAAGCGAUCAUGAAGCGUUUCAUUGAAGGAUUCUUGAUCUCAACAGUCGAGAGCGCGUCGAAUGCUAUUUCUAUUGACGAGAGGUCUCAGGAAGAUAUUGUUUAAAUUUGAGGAGGAUGAAAAGGUGUUGCGAUGCUUGAUUGCAGAACUCAGUACAGGUUUAGCGUGCUUGGCGAUUGGGGUGUUCCCGCGUGAGCUUCAGGCACUCACCACCUGGCCAGCUCCGUCAUCAGUCAUUGCGCUCUGCAUCUGCAGCGACCUCGACGGUACUAUUCGGGCAUCUCCGCUCUCGCGCGCCGUCAUGAAAUACGCGCUCGCUACGUGUCAGUCCGGCCCGACUCGAUCGGGACAUGGUCGAGGCCCACUCAAGCGCUUCGAGUUUCAAGCCUCAUAACCGAUUCGUGUACACCGCUCGCCUUGUAAAUAUGUACCACAAUAAGCGCUCUCGUGGUAGGUAUUAUUAGUGGCUUGAUGUUGGAUUCGCUAUGGCUGCGCCGCAUGCGCAUUCUGCAAAAAGAGAAGCGUUCGCUCGCUGCGAAC